AUGGCCUCCAGCUUCACUGUGCGUCAAAUUCCGGCCGUGCUCGCCAGACGGCAACCACGCGUACUCGGUACCACAAGACGCCUGGCAUCUUCUUCUGCCGUCCAGACCCAGAACCCCGCCUACCCGCUGUACCCAUCCGUUAUCCAGCUCCUUCACGAGAAGGGCAUUCCAGAAUCGGAGGUUUCGAAGAUCCCGGCGUCUGGUCCCAAGGGCCGUCUUCUCAAGGGCGAUGUGCUCGCCUACCUCGGCUCUAUCCCGGCUGGUUAUCCCGCCACCCAGCAAGCCCGGUUUGAUAAGCUUGCCCACCUCGAUCUGAGCAACAUCAAGAUCGCCGCGCCGCCCAAGCCCGCUGAGCCACAGCCAGUGGCCGAGGAGUCAGUUGCUAGACCCCCACCAACUACCUCCGUAGCCGUCUCGAUUUCCCUGGCUACUGUCCUGUCCGUCCAGAAGAAGAUCCAAGAGACUUUGGGUGUUAACGUGCCCCUUGCGACAUUCCUCGCCCGUGCUACCGACCUGGCCAACGACGACCUCCCCCGUUCAUCUCGCGAGAAGCAGUCCGCCGACGAGCUAUUCGAAGAGGUUCUCGGUGCAAAGCCCAUCCAGACAUCCCGGGGCGAUUACUUUCCUGAGUUGAACGCAGUGGAGGCGCCCUCCGCCGCUCAGCCGGCCAAACCCGUUAAGGAAGAUAUCAUCGAUAUUCUUAGCGGCAAAGUCUCUAAGGCCGCUUCCCGGCCCUCAGGGGUGGAGUCUCCGGCUGGUAACGCCGCCAAUGUCUUCAGUCUGACUGUUCCUGUUGAAGAAGAAAAGAGGGCCAGGGUUUUCUUGGACCGUGUCAAGGCUCUUUUGACGGUUGAGCCUGGAAGACUAGUUCUAUAA